GGGAGGGUGGAGGAGGGGUUGUGUAACGUAGUUGUUAUGAGUUUAGGGUUGUGGGAACAAAACAUAGCCGUGAUAUACAAGUAACGAAAAUAAAUUUUCGAAUAGUGAGAGUGAGAGGUGUGUGUUGGUAAUAAUUAAAAGUGUGUAAUAGUCGUUCAUUUCAUUGUGACAGGUUGCCGUGUUUUCUUUUUUUACUCCGCCCGGUGUGGUGCUCGCAAUUGUGUCAACCGUUUAUUAAAUACAAAAUGUUUGUAAAAUAAAUACAGGCAUGCUGCCAUCCCCAGCUGCGUUUUCUGCGUCCUGCUUUUACAUGAUUAUAUACUAAUGUUGAACUAAAUAGUAACGAGAAAACUGUACCACAGCAACUAAAAAAAAAUUAUGAAAAAUCCCGUGCCAAACAAGAAUUAAGAGUUUGAGGGAUACGCAGUAUUAUGAAAAAACUUCCCGUUCCCGGUGAUGUAGGGGUGAUAAAGUGAUUAAAGAAGAUGAUGAAAACAAACUCUCACAACCACAAACGUGCGUCAUUGUACCAACCAGUGUAACAUUAUUUAAUCCAUAAAACUUGAAGGUAUAUCCAGGAAAUUUGUAUUUCAUAGUAGACAAAUCUGACAAUUAUUUUUAUGCAUAUGAUAUACAUAUAUCGCACAUAAACUACUAACAACGCGAAAAGGCGGUUUUUGUAAACGGCGGUCCGACUAGUGACGGUGCUGCAACAACUCUGGUCAUGGCCUCUUCUCCGACGUAUCACGAGAACUCCAGUGCCAACAGUGGAGUUGCCAGUGGUGGGAGUCCAGCACUUGAAGCAGACAGACAUAAUCCAACAGCAGAUGGAAACAGUUCCAUGUGUUACUGCACAGAGUCUAAUGAAACUGGUGGGAUUAAGGGAGAUUCUGAGGCAGCCGGGACAAAAACUGCGGAGGAAUCGGAAAAUGGGUGCACUUCUGAAACUGGCAGCAGCGUGGCCACCUAUCGUGCGAGCAUUCUCGACUUGCCGGAUGAGAUUAUGAUAAAGAUCAUGUCGUACCUGACCUUCAGUGAGCUCUUAGACGUAGUGCAGAAAGUGUGCUCGCGUUGGAAGUGUCUGUCCCAAGAUGCGGAAUUGUGGUACGACAAAGUAUACGUUGUCAGGAGCUGGUGCUGCAGCCACUCCGCCACUCGAAGGGGCGACAAAACGGACCGGGAGGCGGUGCAGACACUCUACAAUGCGCCCAACCUGCGUACGGUGCUCAUCCAGCGGGGGGCCAAGUCGAGCGUCUUCCGCGCGCUCUACACCAACUGCCGACAGCUGACCAACCUGCAGAUUGGUGCCACGCAGAAACUGAGUUACUCGGUGAUGAAGAGCCUGGUGGAGAAGUGCUCGAAGAUCCACACGCUGCGUAUCUCGAACCACCUGCUGCAGAGCCCGAAGUUCGUGGAGGCGCUAUCGCAGCUGCAGCACCUGCACUGGCUGCAGCUGGAGGAGUAUUCCGCAACCGACCGGCGCGUCCUGCUGCGCCCGCUGGCCGACGGCUGCCCGCAGCUGUCCGAGAUCGACCUCGGCCACAUGUACUACGACUUUGAGGACCUCGCCUACUUCCUCAGGGCCAAGAGCCGCAACCUCAAGUACCUGGGCGUCCGGUGGUCCAUGGAGUCGAGGAGAUGUAUCGUCCCACUGCUAACAGUGUGUGCAGACACCUUGGAACGUCUAGAACUUUACCAGUAUGACGUGCCUCGCAAUGAGGCGCGUGAGGCAUUUGUUGCUCUGGGAAAGCUUCAGAACCUGCAAGAACUCACGUCAAUGUCCUUGGACUCGUCUUUAACAGGAAUUGUUCCUCUGGCAUUCAGGGAUGGAGGCUUGUCGAAGCUGAAGCUGUUGGAUCUGUGGGACGGAUACGGCCUGGAAGACGACGCUGUAGUCGCUAUAUCCCUGGGAUGCCCUGUUCUGCGGGAGCUGAGGCUGCGUCACGCUAUUCGGAUUUCUGAUGCAGCAUUUUCGCAGAUCCAUCAUCUCAAAUGCUUGCAACUCCUGGACCUGUCCGCAUGUGAAGGCCUGGGUGGUGCCCUGAUGCCGUACCUCGCGCGGCUUCCAGUGUUGCGUGCGCUGCUCAUGGAGGAGAUGAACUUGUCGCAACUCCAGCCGGGCCUCGCCUGCAUCCUCGACCUGACCAAUCUGCGCUGCCUCAACCUCAACUCCUGCAACGUCCGAGCUGUGCCCUUCGCCAAGUUCCCUGACAGGCUUAUAAACCUCAGGAAGCUACAUCUAGAGAACAGCGAGGGUGAUAGAAGCGUCGUGGAAGAAUUGCACGAGCGAAUGGCCGAUCUGCAGAUUUUUGGCAUGGUGCGUGACGAGCCUCCGUCCGUGUUCUCCGAGAGCGACUUGAGUGACGACUCCUCCGAUUAUGAUGAUGAUGACGAUGAUGAUGAUGAUGUGGGAGGAGGGAACGGAGCGGGUCCAGGUGGUGGCAACGCAGCCGGAAACUACAACUCUGAGAAUUACUGCGCCGGCGGUGCCUGCAGCGACAUUGAAGACGUCGACGUCUCGCUCCUGUUUCUGGAGAAUGGGGAGCUUGAGUGACCCAUCAUUGAGAGUGACCCUGAAAUUUCACAUUUGAAGAAUAAACGAAUGUUGCAUGUGUGAUUCAGAAUACGAAAAUUCUCACUACAGUGUGAAAUGCUCUGAUCUUUGAUGAAAUUUGUUACCUGAAAGAAAGAAGAAAAGUUUUCUGAAACAUUACUUGCAAUUUUGCAGUAAUGUUAUUUUAUGGCUCUUGUUUCUAAAGGGUGGAUAAUUUUCUUUUAGUAGUACCAACAAGUAUUUCAAAAUAAUGUUGCAAGUCAAUUUUGUAUGUUUUAUUAGGUUUCAUAGAA